UCGGAGGGAGCAGCGGUGCAGGACAGUCGAGUGGAGCAGAGAGGAGAGGAGCAGUGCGGGAGAAGACGGUGUCAGCCAUCCGUCAGCCAACUGGAGGAACCCCACACUCACAAACCCCUUAUGGCUGCUUGAGAGAUAACGAUACACCCCCCCUCCCCCUUUCUCUCUCUUUCUCUGGGACUUUUUUGGACUUUUCUUUUUAAAGUUGUUGUCCAAGAAGUUGCUGCGCGUCAAAGUAGUUGAAAGUUGAGAAAAAAGUGAAUCCACUUGCCGUGGACGUCUCUGGCGGUCAUGGAUACCCAUAUAAGAUGGAAAGUUAAACGGAGGUUAAGGGACGCCCAGAUCACUUUAGCGGUGAUUCUGCUUUUUGUCACAUCGCAAGCAAGUUCAGCGGAACCAGCAGACCUCUUGAAGAUUUUAGAUUUUCACAGUUUACCCGAGGGUGUUACAAAAACAACGGGUCUCUGCUCACAUAGGAGGUCAUCACAAGGCCCCGAUGUGGCUUACAGAGUAUCCAGAGAUGCCCAGCUCAGCGCCCCGACCAAACAGCUGUAUCCAGGUGAUGUGUUCCCAGAGGACUUUUCCAUCUUGGCCACGGUGAAGCCCAGGAAGGGCAGCCAGUCCUUCCUGUUGUCUGUGUACAACGAGCAAGGCAUCCAGCAGCUCGGACUGGAAGUGGGACGCUCCCCAGUGUUCCUGUACGAGGACCACACAGGCAAACCCAGCCCCGAGGACUACCCCCUCUUCAGAGGAGUCAAUCUAGCUGAUGGAAAGUGGCAUCGAGUGGCCAUCAGUGUGCACAAGCAGACCAUCACUCUCAUUCUGGACUGUAAAAAGAAGACCACCCAGAAGCUGCUCCGUAGCCCCAACCCCAUCAUCGAUACCAAAGGAAUUAUAGUGUUUGGAACUAGAAUACUUGAUGAAGAAGUCUUCGAGGGAGACAUCCAGCAACUGAUGAUUGUAGCAGACCAUCGUGCUGCCUAUGACUACUGUGAGCACUACAGCCCCGACUGCGAAGUGCCAGUGCCCGAUCAGCCUCAGGCCCAGGACCCCAACACAGAUGAUGAUAAAACAGAGGAGGACCACUAUUAUUAUGAAUACCCUUACUAUGAGGACGUGGAUGGCAAGCCUUAUGAAUCAGUCGGCAACACUGAAGUCAAGGUGAAAGAAACAGAUGGAGACACAGUGGAGACCACAGUGGAGGAGGUUCUGAGGGGUGGCACUGGUGGUGGCAUCGACCGCAAUGUCCUGACUGCCAUCUCCACAAGUUCAUCCUCUGGCUCGUCCUCUGGCUCGUCCACCGGCUCGUCCACCGGCUCGUCCACCGGCUCGUCCUCCAGCUCGUCCUCCAGCUCGUCCAGCACUGCUGCCGGGGGAGGGGACGCCUAUGGAGUGGACAACAGCCCUUACGACAGCUAUGACAACUAUGACGGCUACGAUUCCUACUACGACGAGUCCACAGCAGCCCCGGAUGGUGACAAGACCCGACGUGUCACAAUCUCCAGCGUCGGAACCGGGGGUGAUCUGGAUCUGGGUGCAGCGGGGAAGAUCGACUUGGGCACAGGUGGUGCAAUCGAAAGGAGCGUGAGCACCAGGGGAUCGGGAGGCACAACGACCAUCAUCAAUCGAACCUCAGUGGGAACAACCUACGAUGACUAUGGCGAGGGAUAUGAAUAUAAUGUGGACGACCAUUACAGCACUGGUGGAGGUGGCAGCAGCAGCAGCAGUACAGUGCUCAUCGAUGGCGGUGGAAGCAGCAGCAGCAGCACUGUAAAUGUCGGCGGUGGAGGAGGAGGAAGCAGCAGCAGCAGCAGCACUCAGCAGCAGCAGCACUGUAAAUGUCGGCGGUGGAGGAGGAGGAAGCAGCAGCAGCAGCAGCACUGUACAAGAGGAUCUUCUGCUGCUGGAGGUGGAUCGGCCAGCGCGGGCACUGGAGCUGGGGGGUCCAUCGCCACCGGAAUAGACCUUGGCGUGGAGGGUGAUGGCGACUACACCGACCUGGAUGGGUUCAAGGAGGAGCACAUCACCGACUAUAGCGAUUUAGAAAACUAUAACGACUAUGACGAGCUGGAUUACGACAAAGAGCGCAAGCCACUGCCUGCUGAGACCGAUGAGUAUUAUGGACAGGUCGACGGAGCUCGUGGCGAGAAGGGACAGAAGGGAGAGCCUGCUGUUAUUGAGCCUGUGAGUAGUCACUGUUUGAACAACAUAGUUGGGCAGCAGAUGUAG